GAAAGGAAAUUGUCGUGUAGGAAGAAGAAGACAAAUAAAAGAAGAAGAUAGGAGGAGAGAGGAGAGAGAAGAGAGGAAGAGGAAGAGGAGAAGGAGGAGUAUCAAUUUCUAUUUCAAGCUUGCGACUCUAAGUGACGUCAGAUCUACCAAAAUAUCACGCGGUUAGGGAGGUGCAGUUGGUUAGAGCUCCGGUGUGUGGUCCAGGUCUCGAUCUUUCCCAGACUCCCAAAAAUCUUCUAACUCGUCGGAGUACGUUCGAUUGUGAAUUCCUCCUUUUUCCAAAACUUAACCAGAUCAGAAUUUUAAAGAUAAUAAAAAAGAAAGAUUUUUAAAAAUAAUAAAAAAAGGAAGCAAGGAAGAAAAAAAGACAACACAGAGAGACAGAAAACAGGAAUCCAACAAGAGGAUAUACACGAAGAAACAAUCUUAACAAAAGUGGAUUGUUCAUUAAAUCUUCGUUUUUGAUCUGAUCAUCCCAUCCCCCAACAUAUUCCUCACCUAACCCUGUAUCAUCCCUUUUUUUAUUUUUUUUAUUUUUCUUGAUAUCACUCAAUUUGAUCAUUCCCAUUUCUACGAAUAAUCCUACUUUUUUAUUCAGUGAUCCUAAAAAGUGUUACAUAUAUAUAUAUAUAUAUAUAUAUAUAUAUAUAUAUACACAUAUAUAGACACACAUUUUGUUACUGUUGUCCCCUUCCAUUGAUCAGAAUUUCAAAGUUGUAUAGAAGAGAUAAUACUUAAGGGGUUGACAAAAGGAAGUUGUUAAGAUGCCAGGUGCCGGUGGUCAGCCACCGCAGCAAAGGACUACCUUCAGACCACCCUGGGUCAAGGAUGGUGGUCCUAAUCCUUUACCCAUGCCCACAGCACCUUGGACUCUUAAUUCUAGAAGGGACUCCAAGUCGAAGGCUGAAGAACCACCGGCUUUCACCAAAGUUACGUUGAAGAGUGUCUCAAAACCAACGGAAUCGGUACAGCAAUCGACCGAACCUGGUCAACAAGCAACAAGGAAGCAAAGUAAAAUCACUAUAAUACCAUCUCAACCAAAAAGUGACAAAAAUUCUAAUGCCGCUGCUACUGCUGCUGCUACUGCAACGACGACAAAGACAAAGACAACAAGUAGUACACCUCCGUCAUCGAAGCCACGGGAGAAUGGACGACAGGAGCCAAAUUCGAGGCCGCAACUCGAACGACAAGUUCGCAUUGAGAGAUCUCGAUCCCGAGGUGACACUAUACCACUAUCCAAGAGCGAAAGUUCAACUGGUGCACCAACGUUAUCGAAGAGUUCGUCUAGGGCAGCCAUACCACCCCCACCCCCACCAAGGCCACCCCCACCACCACCAAGUCGUUCUAUCCUUAAGGAUAUACCUCCGUUGACUGAGAAUCAAGAAAAACAAUUGGAGAUGUUAAAAUCAAGACCAAGAAAACGUCCUGAUUGGGCCAGCAUGAUGAAGGAGGUUGAAAGUGGUAGACGUUUAAGACACGUCACCUGUAACGACAGAAGUGCACCCCUGAUCGAGAGGGUUAACAAGGUCACAGCUGAUCCAGCAGGUAAGGCCCACUUUGUAUUCGAGUCAGAAAAGUCAAACAUGCACAAUCAGUUGCUGAAGCAGAUUCAGGAAGGCGUCAAAUUGAAAAGCGUUAAGACCAAUGACAGAUCCAAACCUAUAUUGGAGGGUCUUAGGAAGUUCAGAAGGCAAUUGACGAUAGAGGAACAAAUGCAGAAGGUCGAAGUGGAAGAUGAACCAGAUGAUGUAAUAGAUGACGAUGACAUCGAUGCUGUCAGGGACGAUUUGCAAAGUACUAAGCAAAUGUUAGCCAUCGAGCUUAGAAACAAAGAGGCACUUGAAAGGGAAAACAAAAGAUUGCAGGCAAGAAUUUUGAAUCUUGAAGCAGAGGUAGAACGAUCGAGAUCACAAAAGAACGUUCAGGAGUACAAACAACAGGAUGAAAAGUUGACAGAAUCUUUGAGAGAGGAAGCUCGUACUGCAAGAAAGGAUGCCGAGAGAUUAGAAAAGGAAUAUGCUAGUACAGCGGAGGAAAGGGACAAGUAUAAGAAUGAAUUGGAAGAAAUGAAAAGAAUGUAUGCCAAUUUGGAGAAACGUAUGAAAGCGGGAAUGGCGUUGGCUGGGUGUCCAAGUGCGAAAGACGUUGCAAGAAUUGCUUCUCAAAAGAGUAUGGAUAAUAAACAACAGGAUAUGAGUGAAACUGAAGAAGAAGAAGAGGAAGAAGAAGAAAGUACAGAAGAAGAGGAAGAAGAUUCGAAAGCUUCCGCAGAAAAACGUUUGCAGAGAGAAAUCAAAUUGCUUUCUUCCAAAGUGAAGAACUUUAUGGACAAAGCGGUUAAUGCUAGAAAAGAAAGGCACGCGUUAAAAGAACAGAUCAAACAACAACAAAAAUUAUUAAAAGAGGAGAAACGUAAAUUCAAACACUUGCAAAAAGAAGUCGACAAAAUGGCCAAAUUGAUGGCCGAUACAGAAGGAGAUGAUGAAGAAGAAGAAGAAGAAGAAGAAGAAGAGGAAACAGAAUCUGAAGAAUCAGAAUCUGAAGAAUCGGAAGAGGAGGAAGAAUCUGAUAUUGACGAAGUAGGUCAUACUACAGAACAAGAGAAAGAUAUUUUACAGAAACGUGUAAAGAGACACGAAAAUCGAUUGGCCGCAUUAAAGAAAGGUAAUUAUCUUUUAAAAGCUCAAGUCGAUAGAUUAAAAGACGAUUUGGCUAAACAACGAGAAGAAAGUAUUACGUUGCAAGAAGAUUUGGACUCCGUUUUGGCGGAAUUAGGUUAAGUUAUAAUAUAAGUCAAAUAAUUAACUCUUUGACUGCAUUGCGCACUAGCCUUAAACUAUGGGUAUUGUACGACGCAGCAUUUGCAUGACCUACUGCGAGAGCGUAUAUAUAUGACUGGUAAUACCGUGUAUAUACGCCUUUCGUAUUCAAAGGGUUAAUAAGUACAAAACGAUUGUAUACAUUAAACAUAUAGGCAUUAUACAUAUUGAAAUAUAGUGAAUUUUAUGAAUGAUAAAAAAACAACAUUUUCGUGAUAAUACGCAUAAUCAUAUAUCUACGUUUGAUAUUAAUCGAUUUUGAUUAUAACAUUUAUUUUGUAGUAUAAGAGAUAUAUAAACAUCUUGAUAGACCAUAAAUUUUAUUUUAUAAAUAACGUUGCAGUUUAUCGAAUGUAACAAUCUUCUUAGAUUAGGAUUUUGAUCGGGGUUAAAAAGAAAAAAGGAAAAGUAAAAGAAAAUUUAAUCAA